UAUUUUAUUUAUAAUCCCAUUUCAUAUUGAGUAACGUAUCAAGUAUUGUGAGACAGACGAGAAUGAGAACUGUGUCAAGUAUUAUGGGACGGGGAGAGUAGAUACGAACUUUCACUGCACACUAGCAAGUCCAAAGUAGAAGAGGAGCGCCAAAAAUAGUACUCAUACGUACCCCCAAACCACGUCACACAAUCUGCCUUCAUUUUAAUUUCUUCUUCAACAAUAUUCUUCUCUCUACUUCUUCACUCUCUCUCUCUCACUCUUUCUUCAUUGAAGAAUCUCCAUAUUCUCUCUGUCUCCAGGAUACAAGUAGCUGCUGGUUUAGGACUAUAUUUGGUGAUCUUUCGUAAGCCUUCCAUCACCAUACAUGGAGGCGGCCAGCUCUUGCAAUUCAUCUUCCAGAGAUUGUAACAGGGAUAUGGAGCUGCUGCUUGAAGCUUUCGGUUCCACUUUUUCACUGGAGACUUUAGCUUCUGCUUACUCUCAAGCAAAUAGUAAUGUGGACUUGGUUGGUGUCAUUCUUUACGAAUUACAGGGAACUACUGCAGCAACUCAUAAAUCCAAAGAUGGCAUAAAUGCAACUUCUUUAUCAUCAUUAGAUUUAUGUGCUGAAGGUACCUCAAAGUAUCUAUGUAUUGAUGAAGGAAAUGGUAAAGGUGCCGCAAACAACUAUGUUACUGGAAAUUCUGGAGGAGAAUGUCUGAAGUCAAUAAUGGCAACAAAUGAAUCUACAAAAUUUCAAUCAUCUGAAGUUCACUCAAAUGAAUCUAUUAGAAUUCAAUCAUCUGAAGUGCACUCAAAUGAAUCAUUUUCUGCGUCAUGUAAUAAUGCUGGGAAGGAUGAUAGCUUGCAUGCAGACAUCGAAGACUUUCUUUUCAAAAUGCUUGGAGAUGGGUUUCAACUUGACACGCAAAUGAUCCAUCAAGUUCUUGGGCUCUGUGGAUAUGAUCUGGAAAAGAGUAUGGAGACACUUGUUGAUCUAUCAGCUUCAACCCUUGAGAAGAGUGAUGAUGUUGUAAGCGGGUGUGCCGAAAAAGAGAUGUACGUGUAUCUGAAGAAUGGCCCAAAUUCCAAUAAGUUGCAGUCUGGUUCUUCACUAAGUAAUGAUGGAUUGGUGAAAGAAAACAAUAAGGAAUCACGUAGGAAGAACAAUGCUAAUUAUGAUUUGCAGAAGGAAAUUUUGGGAUCAUUAUUUUCAGCUCCUGAAAGAGUAGAGAAGCUACCUAGAAAAACUAGUGUUAGAUCCUCGAGAACAUAUGGGAGAACAGCUGUUGAACCUGUGAUCGAGACUAGCAUAGAGCAAACAUUUGUUGCUUUGAAACCAUUAGCAGAUUACAAUGAAGUUAUAGACAAAUAUGAUGAGGAUAGCUUUCCAGCCCUUCGUCAAGCUGUUAAGGAGUAUUGGACUAUCAUGAAAGAGUACUGCAAAGCUGCUACUGCUGCAUACAGUAAGGGUGAUCGAGAGAAGGCCGAUAAGCUUAUGAAAGAGUGUCAAUUCUACAACAGGAAGGCAAGAGAUGCUGAUGAAAAGUCUGCAAAGAAGGUUCUGGAAUCCAGGCCAGAGGACGAGGUGUUGCUUGACAUUAGUACCCUUGAACUAAAAGAAGCCAUUAAACUUCUGAAGCGUCAUCUCUCUAAUCUCUCAGGCAUCCCGACAAUUCGCUAUCUUAAGGUUUCUGUUGGGGAUGAUGGUGAGGAGAACAAGAAAAAGCGCCUGAAACGUUUGGUUUUAAAACUGCUAGAGAAUGAAUCUAUUCCAUGCACUGAAGCAGACAAUGGAAAAACUAUAGUGAUUCAAAUUGAUGAAAUCAAUCCAAAGACCCUGAGCUUCGCCAAGAAGUAAAAAUUUACAAUCUCAUUCAAAACUUCACUAUAAUGGUGUUUAGGUCUUUCUUGAUGGGGGUACUUAUUUUUCAUAACUUAGUUGGAAUGUAUAGCAAAUUUUCCUUCAUUUUGAAAGUAUUUUGUUUUGAACUGAGUUUUUGUGCUGUGGAAUCGGCUUAUGACCAGAUCCAAUAAUGCUCACAGUAAUAGUAAAGAAUAGCCAAUAUCCUCA